AUGGCCCCUCUCGUCUUCAUCACCGGCGCAACCGGCUUCAUCGGCUCGCAAGUCGUCCUCUCGACUCUCCGCGCGGGCUACCGGGUGCGGCUGUCCAUCCGUAGUGAUGCCCAGGAAACGGCCCUGCGCGCCCGCUACCCGGACUUUGCGCACAUGAUCGAAACCUGCAUCAUCCCCGACAUCACCCCGCGCGAAGCCUUCCUCCCCGCCCUCGCCGACGUGGACCACAUCUUCCACCUCGCCUCACCGAUGCCCGGCCGCGGCUCCGAUCUGCAAGCCGACUACAUCGACCCAGCCGUCAAGGGCACCGAGUCAAUCCUCUACUCCGCCCUAUCUUUCCCCCAGAUCCAGAAAGUAGUCAUCAUGUCCUCUGUGCUAGCAUUGACCCCGCUCACGGCUUUAAGCCAGAAGGAGGUCUACGUAACCGACAACACCAACGAGCAUAUCCCCCUGGACCUCCCCAACCCCCUCCCCGCGGGCUUCUCCGGCCACGGCCUGAAAUACAGCGCCUCGAAGAUCGCCGCCCACCAAGCCACCCGCGCCUUCCUGGCCACCCACUCCCCGCCCUUCACCCUCAUCACAUUCCACCCGACCUUCGUCCUUGGGGAGAGCCUCAUCCAGACCAACCCGGAGGAGAUCAGCGGGAUGAACGCCCUCUUCUGGCAGAGCGUGCUGUCCGAGACACCCGGGAUGGCGAAUGCGUGGGUUGACGUGCGCGACGUGGCGGAGGCGCACGUGCGGGCACUGCAGCGCGAGGAUCUCGUGUCCGGCACGGAGUUUCUGCUGUCGGGGCCGACGCCGGGGUCGUGGAAGCGGGUGGCAGAGGUGAUCCAGAGCCGGUUUCCCGAGGUGGGGUGUCGAUUGCAGGGCCCGUUGGAGGAGGAAGCUGGAUGGAGGGUGGAUACGAGGAUGGCGGAGAGGGUGCUGGGGAUGCGGUGGAGGGGGCAGGAUGAGAUUGUGGAGGCGGUGGUGCGGCAGCAGUUGCGGUUGAGGGGGAAGAUCUAG